CACAACUCGUUUCGUGAUUUUGUUUCCGUGCCACUCAAUCACGGACUCCUCUCGAUCGGGUUAUUCUGAGCUUUUUCUUGAUGCCAGGUCCAUGCAACUCGAAAAAGAAGAAGAAAGCAAUUGCGAAAAAGAACAAGAAGAGUACAUCAGCUAUUCAAGCUACGGCCCUUCCGGAACCUCCCCCCCUCGUUCACGAACUUGAGCCACCUCCAAGCGACAUUGUCUGUACUGUCCAUGAGCCUCCACCUAAACUACCAGCUCCGCAUGUCCAGGAGUUCCAUGAAGAAGUGCUACCGAUCAUCCAUGAUCCCGGAAACGGUCCGCGAGUUCGCGACCUCCGGGGUUUCCUAGCCUCAUUUUUUGCCCAGCCUCCUUCACUGGAAGACCCUCUAUGUGCGGAAUUCUCACAGGAGGAAGUCCUUCAGAUGCUUUGCACCGCGCUGUCGGAGGAAACCGCUAUAGUCCUAUGGUACAAUAAGAGCCGUGCUACUAGUCGCAUCUGUCCAUCAUGCCGACGGCUUUAUCGCCUGGGCGAUAUUUUGCCAGACCUCACUUCGGACGAUGGCGAAAAUCACAUCAAUGAAACUCGUUCACCUUUACUUGCCCGGGAACAGGAGAUAUCAGGUCUUUGUUCUCCUCUCUGCUUCAUCGUUGCGUCGUUCGAGUACCCAGGUGCAAUUAAAACGACUUGGGGUAGAACCGCAGAUCAAAUAGAUGACUUUACAUGGGACCUUCUCAAUGGUCCUGGGGGUGGACAGGGUGACAAGGGGCUCAGUCUCUUACUCAAAAUGGCGCGAUUGCCUGACCUUGGCUUGGGGCAGCUCUGUCUACCUGACAUUGACUUCGAUGCUGAACCUGAGGAUCGAAUCUAUUGCAGGCAAAAUUAUGAACGGGACAAAAUUUCUUAUUAGGUAUUCAUUUCUUUUCGAAGAUCCGCUGUUCUGCUGCAUAUUCACAUCGUUCAUGCUAUCUGGAUCACGGGCCUGCGUACUAUUUACGUGUGUCAAGACUCCAUCGUCAUUAAAUUAGUUGGGCCAAUGCUGGCCCUGGAUGAACUAUCGCUAAAGAAACCGCGUAGAUCUGCUGUGUGUAAAAGACGGGCCGUUGCAUCGUGGGUUUGUUGAAUUAGUGGUUAUGUCAGCAAGAGUCCGUGCCCUAUUCCCACGGUUGUUAGGUGGCUG